CUUCAGCCGCAGGCAAUGGAGCCGAGGCUUGGCUUGCACCGGAAAGCUGGGGUGUUUUGCCCUCGUUAUCGUCACCUGUCGGCCCUCUGCAAAAAGCGCACCCAUUGACACCCGAGAAUGUGACAUCGGAUGAGAUGGAGCAGAGCGACUAUGAGAGUUGGGACUAUGGCAAGAGAAAGCUCUCGACUGUCAGGAUUUUCAGGCCAGAUACAACAUAUACUACCGUCAACUGUGUCUACAAUAUUACAGCUAGUGAACUCAGCGCGAUGCUUGGGAGAAAGAUAUUCAAGCCAGAUACAUCCAAGUACCACCUCUAUAUGCUCCGCAACAACGUUGUCCGUCCAUUGGGACCUUAUGAGCGACCGUUGCAGAUACUGCGACGAUGCUUGAUACAGUUUGGAUAUACGGAUCAAGACAAGCUGGAUGAGCUUUCUGGCAAGGACAACAGUUUUUUGUGUCGCUUCACAUUUGCAGAAAACGGUGUACCUCUUAUUACGGAAGGGGACUUCCCGCCACACAGCAUAUAUGCGGAUGUGAACCUCCAACGCCGGUGUUUGCCUACGAUCCCGAUCUUCCUCUACUCGAGGGCAAAAGAUAUUGUGCGACUAAAUAUUUCACACAACCAGCGCAUGGAUUUGCCACUGGAUUUCGUUCAGAACUGCAGCUCGCUCAGAGACCUUCGGAUGGCAUACAAUGACCUCGACAAGGUUCCCAGCAAUGUCCGCUACAUCAGCAAUCUUCAGAUUCUAGAUGUCCGAGGCAACCGAAUCAAGGACUUGGAGAAGGCGUAUCUGGACGAGGCACGCAAACUUGACACUCUGAUCCUUCAAUGCAACCGCCUAGACUCUAUUCCCGACACAUUUCAGAAAUUUAAAUACCUCAGAGUGAUCAACCUGUCCAGCAACAAUUUUACGAGGUUCCCUGCUAUACUGUGCCAAGUGUUGACUUUGGAGGAACUGGACUUGAGCUUUAACGACAUUACCGAGGUCCCGAUCGACAUCAGCACUUUGGUGAACCUGAAAAAGCUAUUACUGUAUGGUAACAGAAUCGCUCCCUUUCUUCCGAAAUCCAUGGAAAAGCUCACAAACCUUCGGAAGUUGGAUAUUCGACAGAAUGGCAUCCUCAAUCUCGAUGCCCUCAACGACCUCCCGGCACUGCAAGAACUUCUGGUGGACUACAACACGAAUGUUGUUUUAAACACCUCCCUGGGCGCCUUGGUUCGGGCCUCAGUUGUGAAAUGCAACAUGACGGAUAUCAACCUACGAGGGACAGGCGAUACCUUGAUCUUUUUAGAUCUAUCCUCAAACAAAUUAGCCAAUUUGGCGCCUGAGCUGUUUGGACAUUUGCGAUGCCUGGAGACCCUCAGACUGGAUAACAACAGCAUUAUCUCCAUACCUGGGACGAUCAGCGCACUUAAGCGGCUCAGGACGCUCUCAGUGGCGAACAACAGUCUUUCUAGUGUACCCGAUGAGAUUGCUAGUCUUGACUCUCUGAUAGAGCUGGACGUUCACAGCAACAGUCUGGGCGAACUCCCUGCUUCGAUUUGGAAAUGCGCACUCAGUUACCUCAACGCCUCUUCCAACAUUCUGGAGUCCUUCCCGGAUCCACCGCAGACUGUCGUUGCAAACGGCAUCACUAUCUCGACGUCUUCUUCUGCAACGCUCAACGAGUCUGAGCUUCAGGCGUUGAAUACAAUGAAGAAUGCAUCGUCUCCCUCUUCUAAGCCAUUGCCAGCACCGCCGGCCAUGCAAAACUCACCCUCGAACGGACGAUCAUCUAAGGCACCACCACUGUCGAACACACUGCAGACACUAUGUUUGGGCGAUAAUCGACUUCCGGACGAUGUAUUUUACCCUUUAUCCCACCUUGCCUCGUUGGAGGUCCUUAACUUGAGUCACAACUUUAUUGCCGAGAUUCCUCGAGGCAAAAUCCCCAACCCUGGCAAUCUUCUGGAGCUCUACUUGAGUGGUAAUCAGCUCACGAAUCUGCCCGCAGACGACAUCGAGUCUUUGCGGAACUUGCGAGUCUUGUACGUGAGUGGGAACAAACUGACGACUCUUCCUGCUGAACUGGGUAAGAUCAAUCGCCUUGGUGUCCUGGAUGUCGGCUGCAACAUGUUGAAGUACAACAUUUCGAAUUGGCCUUAUGAUUGGAAUUGGAACUGGAACUUGGAACUCAAGUAUCUCAACAUGUCAGGUAAUAAGAGGCUGUUGAUCAAGCGACAAACUGGAGAAAUCGUGCCAACAUCAACCUAUCCCGGCAACCUGUCUGAGUUCGGCAACCUGACCUGUCUCCGGAUCCUGGGACUGAUGGAUGUCACAAUAACGGACAAUGUACCGGACGACACAGUGGAGAGGCGCGUUCGAACAUCCACCUCUACGUUGCACAACAUGUCUUACGGAAUGGCAGACACCUUAGGCGACAGCGACAACCUUUGUAUCUGGGAUCUGGUUCAUCCGAAGUUUCACACAAAGGAUGACGAAGUGCUGUUCGGAUUGUUCGAUGGUCGCUCAGGACGGUCUCAAUCCAGCUGCAGAAUGACGAGCCAUUUGAAGGAUCGGUUCGGGGACUGCUUCAAGAUCGAGUUGGAGAAGCUGGAGGGCUCGGAUACAGUCGUCAGUGCACUUCGCAGAACUUUCUUGGGAUUGGACCGCGAGCUUUGGCCUCUUGCUCAGGGAGACAAUGGAAAGGGAGGAGCUUCGGCUUUGGUGGCAUACAUCAAGGGCGUCACACUCUACUCAGCUAAUGUCGGAGACACGAUCGCAGUCUUGGUCAAGAAAUCGGACUCAUUUCAAGUGAUCUCGCAAAAGCACAUUCCAUGGAACCCCACGGAGGCAGCACGUAUCAAACGUUCGGGCGGAUUUGUCAGUGAGGAUGGUCUACUGAACGACGAGCUGGACAUCUCGAGAUCGUUUGGCCAAUAUCACUUGGUGCCAAUUGUCAAUUCAAAUCCGUAUAUCGAGACGACGACCCUGACAGAGGACGAUGACUUUUUGAUCAUGGCCUCAAAGUCGUUCUGGGAUGUGAUGUCGUACAAUACAGCUGUGGAUAUCGCCAAGGCUGGUAUGAGAAUUUACGGAGAUCUGAUGCAUGCCUCCCAAAAGCUGAGAGAUAUUGCAGUCUCGUAUGGUGCGCGUGAGCACAUGGUGGUCAUGUUGAUUGGAGUCGGGGACCUAUUUAAGAAGAAGGAGCCCUUGGACUCUGCAGAGUAUCAUCAGCACAAGAAGCGACCCAAGCCCACGGAGGGACCAAUUGACGCUUUGAAAUACCUGAAGCCGGAAAUUGAGCCGCCACAGGGUGAUGUGGCCAUGGUCUUCACUAGUGUCAAGGGCUCGACCGAACUGUGGGAAGACAUCCCCAUCGCGAUGGCCAUCGGUGUCAGAGAGCACUUUAACGUGAUGCGUCGUCAGCUCCGCUCUAUCGGAGGGUACGAGGUCAAGAACGAACGCGAUGCUAUGAUGGCAUCAUUUUCAAGCGUGCCUGCUGCCAUGCUCUGGUGUCUCAAAGUUCAGGAAUUGUUAGUUUCGGCGGAUUGGCCACAGGAGAUUCUCGACUCAGAGAAUGGCAAGACGAUAUAUAGUCCUACGGAUCCUAAUCAACCCCUGCACCGUGGUCUUUCUGUCCAGAUGGGGAUCCAUUGGGGGCAGCCCGUGAGCCACAAAGACGAGGUGACGCGGAGAAUGGAUUACUAUGGACCCAUGGUCAACCGAGCUGCACGUCUUUGUGGCUCUGCGGACGGAGGCGAGAUCUGUGUCAGCAGCGAUGUGAUUAAGGUCAUGCAGCAGUUUGGUGAUCUGGAAAACUCAGACUCCCCAGAUGUUGACCAUAUCCGCGAGCUGAAAAAGCUAGGUUAUGUUGUUGUCGAUAUCGGAGAGAAGAAGCUGAAAGGUCUGGAAACGCCUGAGAGUCUUCAUCUGCUGUACACUCGAGUACUGGCAGGCCGUUUCGCGAUGGAUUUGAAAAGCGUGGCAAGGACACCCAUUCUUGGAUCUCAGGCGAUUAUGGAACAACCUAUGGUACUCGACACGAAUUCUGUCCGCACUCUACAGAUGAUCUGUUUACGUCUUGAGCGAUUGGUGUCCGGUGAAUUGGCCAAGCAUGGUCGUGCAUCCGAGCAGCACUUGGCGCUUCUCUCGCUGCCCUUUAAAGACAAUGUGGAUCCGGAUGACCUUGUGCAGAUCGCAGACAACUGCAUUUCCAGGAUUGAGAACUGCUUCUCGCAACUGUACAUGAUCAAAUCAGGGCCGUUUGUCGAAGUGUACGAGUCGUUAAGCAAGGUCCUAGAGAGUGACCCAGGAUAUAUCAUGCGGGCGCUCCAGACGUAUGUCAGCAUCAUGGGCGGAACGGGGUCGCCAGCCCUUCUCUAGUCCUGGACUCGGCGCUACUCUAGCUUCAAACUCUAGCGAAAAAUCGACAUGGCACCCACAUAGACUAAGAACGUAUUUUUUUCAUUCUCGCCACACUCCCUUCUCUACUCAAUUGUCAUAUUAAUUAAAAUAAUUGGCGCCCGCAAUGGUGACCUAUUGCCAUCGUGGACUCCAGCUGUCUAUCUCGAAUCGAACAUAUAUUAUUAUUUUUGGUUUUAAACGGCUUUCGAUGCAUUGGAUUGGAGCUUCGCCCGCGCAACCUCUAAACUCCGCUGAUACGUUGGUCGUCGUAGGCCCUUGUCGUUGGCAGGAGGAAGGAAUGCGACCUGAGGACGAUACCGUCUUGACUUCGAUAGUGUCAGAUCUAAGACCCACUUAGGGAUGUACUUCAUCGCAAUCCUUCGAAGGAUAAUGUUGUACCAAUGC